CAUUUUUCUUUCUCUCUCCAAAAUCACUCCUCUUCCUCCGUUUGUUUCCUGGGAAAAUCUCUGUCGUUUGGUCUUUCUGAGCUUAUUGCUGCAAAAUUUUCUUUUUGUUUUCUUCUUUCGAUCAGUUCAGUUGAAGAUAUACUGAAAAUGGAGACGGUGAAAGCGAGACGACCGCACUUCGUUGAUGUCUUCUCCUCUAGUUCAAGCUUAAAACGCCUGAAAAUUCCAGUUGGGUUUGCCAAACACUUGGAGAGCAGAACCUCUGGCUCAGUUUCACUUAUUGGUCCUAGUGGGAACACUUGGCACAUUGACUUGAUUGAGGAAAAUGGUGGAUUAUUCUUUGAUUGCGGGUGGGAGGUGUUUGUGAGAGAUCAUCACUUAGAAUGUGGUGACAUUUUGGUUUUUGGAUAUGAUGGUGAGUUGUGUUUCACUGUCCAAGUGUUUGAUCUAAGUUCAUGUGAGAAAGACGCUGCAUUUCAUUCCAAGUGCAGUCAGGAUCCUAGCUUAUCUGGCAACAAUGCGGGGAUUAAGAGAGAAAGGCAGGUAGGGGCUGCUUCAUCAAAUCAAGAUUCUCAAAGUGUAGCUAAGAAAAUUAGAGGUGGCUCUUCUGAGUCCAGUUCCAGUUGCAUAAACAAGAAUCGGGAAGCUGAGGUUGAUGUUGAUGUGUCUGGUACAGUAUUGCGUGUUCUCCCUUUGCAGUCUUUCAGUGUUGCACAUAAAGAGGAUGACUUGAAUCUGCAUGACAGUGGCAGUCUUUCUAUGUUAGAAGAAUAUGAAGAGAAAAAAAUUGCUCAAUCUUUUACUUCUUCCUUUCCAUUUUUCGUAAGAACCAUGAAAAGAUUCAAUGUUGGUGGUUCAUAUACUCUGAAUAUUCCAUAUAAAUUUGCCACAGAACAUUUUCCAAAUUGCAAGACUGAGAUUGUGCUUCGAAACCUGAAAGGAGCAUAUUGGACUGUUAAUUCUGUGCCAACAACAAGGGUACAUACAAGUCAUACUUUCUGUGGAGGAUGGUUGGCUUUUGUUCGCAGUAAUGACAUCAAAUUUGGAGACAUUUGUAUAUUUGAACUUGUGCAAAAAUGUGAAUUGCGUGUACACAUUCUUCGGGUUGGAAAGGAAGACCUGGACAGGCAAAGUGGAAAAGCAGAUUCCAGUGGGUUAAAUGUUGGGUCAGCUGUCACUUCACAGAAAAUGUUUAAGAAUAUGCCAAACAAAUUGGGAAAGAACUCUUCAAAGAUCCAGUCAAAGUACAUGAAAAAGCUUCAAAUGGGUGAUAAUAAAGGGUCUAAGAUGCUUGACGAGAAGAAAUAUGGUACUGCCUCGAAGAAAUCUGCCAGCCUUGCACUCUGCUCUUUGUCGAGGAGAGGCAAUGAAAGGCCAGGUAUAGAGUUCUAACUUUCCCCUCUCUUAUGAUUUCAAGUCAAUAAUCUUCAUAUUAGUAGAAAUGCCAGCACUACUUUUGACUAUGAGUAAUUUUUGUAUUUUGGUGGAGGAAAAGCUUGGUGCAACACCAAGCUUCCUAGGGUACUUUAUUGAUGCCUUAAGGUGUAUUUUAAAUAACUUGUGUAUAUUUUCUCUGUGUCUAUGGUGGUUCACAUUCUUCUUUCCAUCCUUGGAGUAUCUACAUUGUGGAUAGAACUUAUUUACAGCGGUUGUUACUUGAAUUUGCCGGUAAAACAGAGGAAGGCAGUGGUGGUUUGAGAAUGAUGUUAGCACUUGAUGAAGAAAAAGCAGCUCAAUCUUUUGCUUCUAGCUUUCCACAUUUUGUGAGGAUCAUGAAGAAGUUCAACAUCAGUGGUUCCUAUACUCUAAAAAUUCCAUACAAGUUCUCCAUGGCGCAUCUUCCUGACUGCAAAACAGAGAUUGUCCUACGCAAUUUGCUGGGGGGAUGCUGGACGGUGAAUUCAGUUCCAGACUCAAAAGGACGAAAUGUACAUACAUUUUGUGGAGGGUGGAUGUCCUUUGUUCGUGAUAAUAACGUCAAGAUGGGGGAUAUCUGCAUAUUUGAACUUGUUAGCAAGAGUGAAAUGCGUGUGCAUAUGUCUGGGGUUGGAAGAGAUGUGCUGGACUAACAACGUGCUUUGUUGUGAGAAGUUUAAAGUUCAACCUUAACACAUACUGUGGGUUUACCUACAUGUGUACAUACUAGAUACUUGAAGAAAAGGCUGCUAGUUUCUUGAAGGAAACCUGUUUGUUGAUCCGUGCAGUAGGGAGGAUCCAAUGACGAAGGCCAUUUGCUUAUGCAAAAUUUUGGGGAACGUAGUUUUGUGGUGGCAUCUACAAAACAUAUAACGGGUAGGUGUUAUUUCGGGUAGCAUUAACUCUAUUUCAUGAAGGAGAUAAGUAUGUUAAUCCCCUCAAACCUGAACUGAGGGACCUUCUAACCCGUUGUCAACUUGUAAAUCCAUUAAUGUAACUUUCUUCUUUUCAUUCUGUAUGUAUAAAUUGUGCUAGAACUAGUUAAAAUGUGCAGGGAAGUACUGAUAAAAGUUUGGACAAACGGCUAAGACCGACUCAUGAGU